UUCUGGCCGGGCGGCCGGAGUCGGGCAGGGGGCCGGCUCUGCCUCCCCCUCCCUCCAAUGGCGAGGCCGCCCCCGGCCCCCGGCCCCUCCUCGCCGUGACGUGCCGGCCCGGGGCAGAGGAGGCUCUCGAGCCCUUGGCUGUCCCUGCAGAAGCUGUAACAAAACGCAGACCCCCAGCGCCGGGCUAAUGGAGGCAACUUAGACAGGAGCAGGCGCGGCCCCUCGUCUCUCGGCGCUGCCCGCUCCCCCCGCACCGGGCGCGGCGCUCCCCGCCGAGCCGCAGCCCGAGCGCCGCCGGGCCCCCGGGACUACCCGGCCGCUCGCGCUGCCCCGAUGAUGUUACCGAGCCCCGUCACCUCAACCCCCUUCUCUGUCAAAGACAUCCUCAACCUGGAGCAGCAGCAGCAGGACCCGCACUAUGGGGCCCAGCUCCCGCACCACCUGGAGCACCACUUCCACCCCGCCGCCUGCCUGCUGGCGGCCGCCGACGGCGCCCGCUUCUCCGACGGCGAGGAGGAAGAAGAGGAGGAGAAGCUGUCCUACCUGAGCUCCGUGGCAACGCCCGGCGGCCAGGCGGACGCGCGGCUCUCCGCCGACAGCUACGUGCACGCUGUGCUGCGCGGCUCCUGCGAGGCCCCCGGCCCGGGAGAGGAGCUGGACCCCACGGCCCGCGACCCGAAGAGCUGCGCCCUGAAGAAACCGCUGGACGCCGCGGAAAAGCCGGAGGAGUCGGAGAGGCCGAAGCAGCGGAGCCGGAGGAAGCCGCGCGUCCUCUUCUCGCAGGCGCAGGUCUUCGAGCUGGAGCGGCGGUUCAAGCAGCAGCGUUACCUGUCGGCUCCCGAGCGGGAGCAUCUGGCCAGCAGCCUGAAGCUCACCUCCACGCAGGUGAAGAUCUGGUUCCAGAACCGGCGCUACAAGUGCAAGCGGCAGCGGCAGGACAAGUCGCUGGAGCUGGGCGGCCCCGCGGCCCCGCCGCCGCCGCGCAGGGUGGCCGUGCCCGUGCUGGUCCGCGACGGCAAGCCGUGCCUGGGCGGCUCGCAGGGCUACAGCUCGGCGUACAACGGGCCUUAUUCCUACAACGGCUUCCCCGCCUACGGCUACGGCAACGCCGCCUCCUACAACCCCGGCUACGGCUGCACCUACCCGGCGGGCAGCGGCGGGGCCUCGGUGCAAGCCGCCUGCAGCCCGGCGGCGGCCGCCGGCCCCUUCGUGAACGUGGGCGGCCUGGGGGGCUUCGGCGGCGGCGGGCAGGGGCUGCAUCAGGCGGCGGCGGGGCCCUCCUGCAGCCAGGGCGCACUGCAGGGCAUCCGGGCCUGGUAGCCCGCACGCACUCAGGGCCGGGAGCGGACCGGCACGACGGCCCCGCGGCCCCGCAGCGCCCUUACGCCCCACGGACUGAAGGCGGAGGGGCGGCGCGGCGGGACCCCGGCUCUCGCCCGGGGCCGCGGGGCGGAGCGGAGCGGAGCGGCGGAACAGAACGGGACUGGACGGGCCAAGCCCGCAGCGGUGCGCCGCCGCCCCGAGGUGCCGCCGCGACGGGCGGGCCGGAGCUGACCGCGCCGCGCCACCGGAGCAGCUUCGCUUGUAAAAAGCCGACGGCGGGACCCGGGGCUCCCGCGGCCCCUCUCUUUAUCUACUCUGUAUCGGUUUCUGCCAGCGCCAGCUCGCGGAGUCAGUCAAUAAACCAGGUGCAAUAUCC